CAAAUUGUUCAAGUUAUUUGCCAGUAAUCAAACCCUUCCCCCCCAAAAAAACAAAACAAAAAAAUGUGUCCGUCGGAAAGAAACUUGAGACGGCCGGAAAAUCGAGUUCCGACACCGGAAACCGAUUUCAGAUCGGCGUUCGAGGUACUCGACGCGGAUCGCGACGGGAAGAUAAGCAGAGACGAUUUAAGAAGAUUUUACGCCGGAUUUUCAUACGGUUCCGAAGAUGCCGACGAAAUGAUCGGGACGAUGAUUUCGUUAGCGGAUUUAAACAGCGACGGAUUCGUGGAGUACGACGAGUUCGAACGCGUUUUAGGGGGGUAUAAUAACAGAAAGAAGGUUUCAAGUUACGGUGUAAUGGAAGAUGUUUUCAAGGUUAUGGAUAAAGAUGGAGAUGGAAGAUUAAGCCACGAAGAUUUGAAAAGUUAUAUGAACUGGGCUGGGUUUUCGGCUUCCGAUGAAGAUAUUAAAGCGAUGAUUAGAUUGGGCGGUGGUGAUGAUAAAGGUGUUUGUUUUGAUGGUCUGCUUAAGAUUUUAGCUGUUGAUUUUUCUGGCUAAUUUUAGAGUUUUUUUGGUGAUUGAAAUGAUGAAUCAAAAUUCAAAUCAAUAAUUGUUGAAAAAAAAAAAAGCUAAGAAUGUGUCUUUGUUCAUCAUUUCUCUUCUGCAAAAAAUGUAAGAUAACUUUUUUUUAAUGCAAAAAAAAAAAAGCCCCUUGAAAAUAAUGUGUGAACCCGUGAUAGCCUGGUAAUUAAGGUGUUUAUCUUUCCAGACGUGAGUUUAUGAAUCCGUGAUAGCCUCAUAAUUAAGGUGUUUAUCUUUCUAGAUGUGAGUUUGUAAACCCGUGAUAGCUUGGUAAUUAAGGUGUUUAUCUUUCGAGAUGUGGGUUAAAUUUAAGUAACGCUAAUCGGGUUAGUUUUAGGAAUUUUCCAUUCACUUGUAAUUCAACAAAAAGACAAAAAAGAUUAUGACUUUAAUGUUUAAACUUUUCAUUCAUCCGCA